GGUGCGGUAAGGGUGGGCGUCUCGAUCAGCUCGGGAGGAAGGGGAAGAAAAAAAGUCCCGUGGAGGGGAAAUACGUGCCUAAAUCAAAACCAUUUGUCCUGCAACCGAGUCUGCAGCCCUAAGAUCACAGUUCUUAGGUCAGAAGUAGGAAGAAGAGUAAUUUUAAACCAAUCAUGUCGCAGCAACAACAAGACAACAUGGCCCUGGUCUUAAACUGUGGAGAACUGAAAGUGGAAAAGCGUCCAGUUCCAGAACUAUGUCCUGGCGAGGUUAUAUUGAAGAUAAAUUCUGUAGGGAUCUGCGGUACCGACAUCCAUUUCUGGCAAGAAGGAAAACUGGGAGACUUUGUUAUCAAGAAGCCCUUAGUUCUUGGGCAUGAAGCCUCGGGUACCGUGACUAAAGUCUCCUGUGGUGUGACUCAUCUGAAAGUAGGUGACAAGGUUUCCAUUGAGCCUGGUGUCCCCAGGGAGAAUGAUGAUUAUGUUAGAAUUGGACGUUACAACCUGACCCCAACAAGCUUCACAAGUGGUUUUCCUCCUGAUGAUGGGGCCAUGUGUCGACUUUAUGCCCACAAAGCCAACUACUGCUACAAACUCCCUGAGUGUGUGACCUUAGAAGAAGGUGCUUUGGUUGAACCUCUCUGUGUUGCACUUCACGCCUGCUACAGAGGACGAGUUAAAGUGGGUCACAAGGUGUUCAUCUGUGGAGCUGGACCAAUUGGCCUGUUGACUUUGCUUGCUUGCAAGGCUAUAGGAGUGACUAUGACCGUAGUCUGUGAUUUGUGCCAGGACCGCUUGGAGAAGGCGAAGUGCUUGGGGGCCACCAUUGUCUUGAAAGUUGACAAGUGCACAUGUCCCAUGGAAUUGGCCCAGAAGGUGAAGACUUCUCUUUGUGCCAUGCCUGAUGUGUGCAUUGAUUGCACUGGGGCCGAUACUUGUAUCCAGGCUGGUGUCUAUGCUGUCAAACCUGGUGGAAUUGUUGUAUUGGUCGGCCUAGGAACAAGCACAUCCAAUAUUCCUGUAUUAAAUGCAACAAUCAGAGAGGUGGAUAUCCGUGGCAGCUUUAAAUACACAAACACAUAUCCUACUGCAAUCGCCUUGAUAGCUUCAAAGAAGGUGGACGUAAAGCCCCUAAUCACACAUCGUUUCCCACUGGAGCAGGCUCCUGAAGCAUUUGAGGUCGUAAAGAAAGGCACUGGGAUCAAAGUUCUUGUGAACUGUGAACAGCAGCAGCAGCAGCAGUGCCCAUCACUCUGCCCGCCACAGUGCCAACAGCCACAAAACCAAUGCCAAACAAAGCAGUGCCCCCAGCAUAGCUUCUUCUGAUAGAGGAGUCUCCACCCACUUUCAUUUUUCACUACUGUCUAAGUUACCUUUCAGAACCGGACUUGAACACCGCAGUGUAACUCUUCCAGACAAACAGUCCUUCAGCAAUAAACACUGAGUAUAACUGUGCUACA